AUGCUUGGGAAACUGUUCAAUCUCGGCGCUGGCUCCGGGACCGGCGCCCAGUCCUCUCCACAACCCGCAUCUCACAAGCACUUCCCUCUCGAAUCAGUCCAGGAAGAUAUCCACACACGCCAUCUACUUUUCCCGGAUCCCCAGGACUUGUACGAGCAUCGCGUGAAUCAGUUGUAUCCGUUGUCAAGCGGCGCCACGACCCCAACAGGCACCCCGGCGACUGCCUUCGACUACGAUGCCGACCUCGAGCUGGAUGUGCGCGACGUGCGCAUCAUCAUCAUGCAGGAUGCGUUGAGCUCUGUUGCGGCUUCGCUGCUCUACGACAGCCAACCCGCACCGUCCCCGCGCCGGACGCCUGCAUCACCCCGGAAGCCAAGCAUCAGUUACUCGCAACGGCCUAUUGUCAUCCAGCCCGGAAGCCCAAAAGUCCGACACGGCGCUUUCGAUAGAAGACCCUCAGUCCACAGCCGGAGCCAAGGCUACUUGGAAAGCGAGUCCCAACGAGCGUGGCGUGAAUAUCGCGAGGAACUGGCCACCUUCUCCAGCUGCAUAUUCGGGAACUCGGAGCUCAUGGGAUACAAGGGGACGUCGACCAAAGUCCAUGUUGUUCCCUCGGACGUGCGCCAGAACGAUGCGAGCUCAAUGUUUGGCGACGGGCGUGGCUCUUUGGGGCGGUCGACCAUGAGAGCAAGCCGGCUCUCUCAAUCGUUUUCUUCCGAAAAUCCAUCGCCUUUUCCCAACCCCCCCACGCCGAGUGGUCCGAACCGAGCUCAAGAUCGAAAGAAGGUGCUCAUCACGAGGCUCUUUCCCGUCAAUCUCCCCCUUGACGAAGAAAUGCCAUCCUUUCAGGGAGCGUUCUCUGAUGAGGCGACAAGCUAUCCGUUCCCACAAAGUACCGACGACCCCAAGGUAAAGAAGAAGAAAUUUCAACCGAGGCAAAAGAGGACACCCAUGUACGCCGUGGCCCUCAUCAUUACGCUCCCCCCGUCGGCCCAGUCUGCUCCCGCUGCGGCGCGCUCUGUAUUCAAAGGCCCUAGUUCCUACUCAGAGCAGGACUCGUUUCCCUCAUCCUUUGGCUCUACCCGGCGUUCCGGUUGGACGUUGGUGGGCCAAGGAGGCUUCGGCGGGCCCGAAUCUCUCGAUUCAAGCUUUGGGAAUGAUAUGGAAGACCACAUCGACGCCAUCACGCAGCACUGGGACAUUAUCAUGCGGACCCUAAGCCAUCUACAGACUGUCGUCGCUGCUACGCUGUUUGUCAUGCUCCGACAGAUCGAUCUUGCAUCUCCGGAUCCGCAGCCCGGGAUGUCUCUCCAGCUCGCCAAGGCGGUUGCAUCUGCCUCUGCGUCUGCAUCUGGCCGCCAUGGCGAAGACGGCGGGCAGCGGAUUAAGCGUCCAAAGACUAAUGCCAAACACAUCACCCUUCUCCCCAAUUGUCUCCUCGACAGCCGAAAAAUCAGUACCGAAAUCAGCGCUGCAAAAACACGCAUCAUCGCGGGCAUCCGGGCAUCCCGCGUGACGACGGGUCAGAACCGGUGGCCGAUCUGGCGGGAGGAAGCUCGAUGGGUGGCCAAGUGGGCUGGAGGAAGGGAGCAGAGUUUCUUUUUCUUCAACUUGCUCACAGGCUUUCUUGCCACACACACCGACUGGCUUCAGGCAUUGAGCCCUCCCGCCUAUCGCCGUCGGUACCUUCAGCAGCAACAGCAAAAAGGGCUAUCAGAAGAAGAUAUCCUCGUGCCAUCUCGGACGGUGAUUCUCGGCGACGACAAGAUCGCAGCCCGCCGUCUGAUAUUUCUCCUCUCUGCCUUUUUGCCUGCUUCUCAGCAACUGUCUGGUGUCAAAGCCAACAACAGGCCAAGCACCCCGGCGUCUUUUACCGCCCUCUCUCAAUCGCCCCCAUCUUUUGUCGUGCCCGUUUUAAAGGAGGAAUCCCUGCGGCGGAAAAUCAACCGACGGACAGGGACACGAAUGCCCUCACACUCUCGAAAUUUGAGCUUGCAGACGCACAACCCCCGUUUAGGGGGCGUUCCUCCGCCUCUAGCACACCUUAGUAUGGACAGUCGACACGAAAGACGUGCUUCAGAUGCCGCUUCCAUACGUACCACUCAUCUCCCAGUUCGUGGGAGUGAUCACGCACGCAAGAUUAGCACCAUCACCACAGCCAGCAUCACCGCCGAAACUAGUAUUCCGCACUUUUCGACCGCACACCGAGCCGAACUAUUUGCCCCGGGCCGUCGUGGAAGCAGCAAUAGCUUCGCCGCUAGUGAUCUCAAACGUCUUACCCGGGAUGAUAGCCCUGGUUCGCAAAGCUCGACGACGAUUGCCGAGCGGAGACAGAGUUCCAGAUGGAAUGUUAUCACCGGCUUCUGGGGCGCACGAAGAAGAGACUCCGCAAGUCAGCCUCUCGAAAAUGGGCCCAAUGGAGUUUCCAACUCACCAGUAAACCCGCGACAGUCCUCCAUCGCAGGUUCAACAAGGUCUAUACCACCACAAUUCGACUGCGCGCUGGCUGCAGGUCCCGCCACACACUCUCCGGCUUACGAUGCGCAAGACGAUGGAGCCAUUGGACCCAAAGACCCCAGCCCGCCCCCGCGGACAUCCGCCGAUCCCUUGGCCGCUUCCGAGCAAGUCAGAGUUGUUCAAAAGCCCCUGAGGACUCCCGACCCAUCCAGCGCAUUCGAGUCACCUGUGAAAACCUCGAUCAAUAUCGACGAUGGGGUCAUCGAUGUGGAUGUGCCAUUGCCGGACUUCAUGACGUCCUUCGAGAGCGCGGUGAGUUCGCCAUCCAGCAGUGGCUAUCUCUCCGCCUCGGGAUUUGGCACAGGCCUCGACGCCUUUGAGCAGUCCUUCCGUCUAGCGGCCGAUGGAGACGUACCGCUCAACGUAGCUGGUUGGCUGCAGCACUAUCACCCGGAUUUUGUUCUCCAGGCACUCCCUGCCCAGCAGGACAGUCUCGAGAAGAUCAAGGAAUCUAUGCGCGCUGAGCCGACUCCGCUUCCCCAUCCCUCAUCAUCGGCAUCGCCCUCGUCUCCAAGUGAAGGCCCUACCGAGAAAUGGAUCGAUGUCACUUCGACCAUUGUGGCGGAUACUACCACAUUCACCAUCACACGCAUACGCUACCGUCGCCUAAUCCGGCUCGGGUCGCAACGGCAUCUCUGCGCUACUACAGACCGGCCUACCACCCACCCGCUUCCAGCCCAACCACUAGCAGCGACACCAUCCACCAUUUCGACGCCGGCCACGCUGAUCUCCCCGUCGCCAUUCGAUGUACAACUCAAAGAAGAGUUCAUACAGGAGCCCGUCGUUGUUUUUGACGACCUGUUGACCGAAGCUGUGGAACGUGUCAUCACCUCCGCAGGCACUGAGACGACAACUAGCAAAGUUGGCUCCACCAGUUCGUCGCGGUCGACAAGCAAACGACGCGAUCGAGAAAGGAGAGAGAGCGUCUCGGCCGGUUCAGGUUCGAGCCAGAGCCAGGCUGCUCCUCACCACCUCCCUCCUCCCCAAGAAGCACAGACUCCCUCGCUUGUGCCUGUCCUCGGUGGCCCAGGGGCCAUCCUAGCACAGGAAGUCCCUCGAUCGCAGUGCAAGACAGUGUUGUUAGGGGCGCUAGAAGAUCUUAUCCAGGAUGUUCUUGCGGAAAAAGAACAGGAGUUGGAAAACGGGAAAGUUGUGGCUGAUAGGGAGCGGGAGAGCCCGCUACGGGAAGCUGUGCGAAACUGGAUAGAGAGCGUGGAUUUUGGUGGCAGUGCCAGUGGUGGUAGCGGUCGGGGGACCGGCCAUGACUGA